AUGAAGAUUUCAUCUAAAAUCGCCAUUGGUAUUUUAUCAACCGCCUUAUUUGCAUUUGGAGUUACACAAAUUGCAGUUUGUUGGGCAUAUAAAAAUGUAAAGACUGAACACUCAUGGGCUUACUACGCUAAUGGUAUCUGUUGUUUGUUCACUGGUGUCGUCGGAAUGCUCUCCACAAUCUUUAGACGUGAGAAGCUCACUCAACUCUUCUUUAUAAUGGCUGUCUUGACCACUUUGGAAGCAUUCAUUGUUUUCAUUAUCUACUCAAAGUUCUUACCACGUUACAUCAAAAACAGUUGUGGUGGUACCUCGAUCUACAGUGAAUACUGCAGUGGAAUCAGACAAUAUCUCGCUGUUUCAACUACUUUAUUCUGGUCAUUCAUCAUCUUUUUACUUCCAACCACAUCAGUUGCAUCAUGGAAAUACACUGUAGCAACAAUGAAGGGUAAUGAUGAUGGUAUCGAAUUGGAAAAGAGAUUACCAUAA